AGGUUAGCUUCUCGUGACGGGCAAUUUUGCAGUGUUUGGUGGUUUCUGUCAAGAGACGGUGGAUACGAAAUCGAAAUAAGAGAAAUGGAGUGUUUAAUUGGUAUUCAGUGCAGAGAUUUUGUGCUGGUUGCAGCAGAUAUGACAACUACACAAUCCAUUAUAGUUAUGAAAAGCGAUGAACACAAAAUUCAUAAAAUCUCUGACAAGCUUGUUAUGGCAAUAUCUGGAGAAUCGGGCGAUACGACACAGUUUUCAGAGUAUAUCGGGAAGAACAUCCAAUUGUAUAAGAUGCGUAACGGCUAUGAGCUGUCUCCCAAGGCUGCAGCAUGCUUCACGCGAAGAAAUUUGGCUGAUUAUCUGAGAAGCAGAACCCCAUAUUUUGUCAAUAUGCUGUUAGCUGGAUACGAUGACGACACGGGACCGGAAUUGUAUUUCAUUGAUUACCUAGCCUCCUGCGUCAAGGUUCCUUACGCGACUCACGGAUACGGAGGGAUGUUCUCUAUGUCUGUUCUAGAUAGAUAUCACAAAUAUGAUUGUACAGAAGAGGAGGCAUACUCAUUAUUGAAAAAGUGCGUUCGAGAGAUUCAAAAACGAUUGAUCGUUAAUUUGCCAAAUUUUAAGGUUCAAAAAAUAUCCAAGGAUGGCAUUAAAGACUUGCAGCCAAUCACAGCUGAAAACUUGGCUGUGGAAAAUGCUGCCAAAGCAUAAGAGAGCACCUACUUUAUGUUUAUUAUUUGUAGGAGAAAGGCAUUUUCAUUAUAAAAAUAAAAUACUAAAAUAUUAUUUGAUGAUAAAAGUGUGAAUAUUUUCCUAUUUGUCUGUUGUCCCAAUCGUGCGGAGACAGAUUGAAGCAUUUUUACUUUUCGCAAUUUCAUUCUACACACGUGCGUACAUAUACACAAAUACAUUCAUAUAUUUCGAUGUAUGCAUGUACAGUCAUCAAAUAUUAUAUAAUUAUAUUAUCAUCAAAGAAUAAUCGUAUUAUACAAUAUGAUACAAGAUAUAUAAUGUAAGAAAUGGAAAAUUAAAUAAUCUAUUCCUUUCUUUAAAAAA